CCCCCGACCCCCGCCGGCCGGGCCCCCACCCCAGCCCCGGAGGGAGCUCAUGGGAGUAUGAAGGAGAUGGUAGGAGGCUGCUGCGUAUGUUCGGACGAGAGGGGCUGGGCCGAGAACCCGCUGGUCUACUGUGAUGGGCACGCGUGCAGCGUGGCUGUCCACCAAGCUUGCUAUGGCAUCGUCCAGGUGCCAACAGGACCCUGGUUCUGCCGGAAAUGUGAAUCUCAGGAGCGAGCAGCCAGGGUGAGGUGUGAGCUGUGCCCACACAAAGACGGGGCAUUGAAGAGGACCGACAAUGGAGGCUGGGCCCACGUGGUGUGUGCCCUCUACAUCCCUGAGGUGCAGUUUGCUAACGUGCUCACCAUGGAACCCAUCGUGCUGCAGUACGUGCCUCAUGAUCGCUUCAACAAGACAUGUUACAUCUGUGAGGAGCAGGGCCGGGAGAGCAAGGCGGCUUCAGGAGCCUGCAUGACCUGUAACCGCCAUGGAUGUCGACAAGCUUUCCAUGUCACCUGUGCCCAAAUGGCAGGCCUGCUGUGUGAGGAAGAAGUACUGGAGGUUGACAAUGUCAAGUACUGUGGCUAUUGCAAAUACCACUUCAGCAAGAUGAAGACAUCCCGGCACUCCAGCGGGGGCGGGGGCAGCAGCGGAGGAGCAGGAGGAGGAGGGGGUAGCGCAGGGGGAGGCAGCAGCGGCUUUAUUGCUGGCCGGAGGAGCAGGUCGGCCUCCCCAUCUGCCCAGCAGGAGAAGCACCCUUCCCACCAUGAGAGGGGCCAGAAGAAGAGCCGAAAGGACAAAGAACGCCUUAAACAGAAGCACAAGAAGCGGCCUGAGUCACCCAGCAUCCUCACCCCACCUGUGGUCCCCACUGCUGACAAGGUCUCCUCCUCGGCUUCCUCCUCCUCCCACCACGAGGCCAGCACUCAAGAGACUUCUGAAGGCAGCAGGGACUCCAAGGGGAAAAAGUCUUCCAGCCAUAGCCUGAGUCACAAGGGGAAGAAGCUGAGCAGUGGGAAAGGUGUGAGCUGCUUCACCUCCGCCUCCUCCUCUUCUUCCUCUUCCUCUUCCUCCUCAUCUGGGGGACCCUUCCAGCCUACAGUUUCGUCCCUGCAGAGCUCCCCUGACUUCUCCACAUUCCCCAAGCUGGAGCAGCCAGAAGAAGACAAGUACUCCAAGCCCACUGCACCCCCGCCUUCAGCCCCUCCCUCUCCCUCAGCCCCUGAGCCCCCCAAAGCUGACCUCUUUGAACAGAAGGUGGUCUUCUCUGGCUUCGGGCCCAUCAUGCGCUUCUCCACCACCACUUCCAGCUCAGGCCGGGUCCGGGCCCCAUCCCCUGGGGACUAUAAGUCUCCCCAUGUCUCAGGGUCCGGGGGCUCUGGAGGCACCCACAAGCGGAUGCCCACACUGAGUGCCACCCCUGUGCCCGCUGAGGAGACCCCUGAGACAGGCCUGAAGGAGAAGAAGCACAAAGCCAGCAAGAGGAGCCGACACGGGCCAGGCCGUCCCAAGGGCAGCCGCAACAAGGAGGGCCCUGGGGGCCCAGCCCUUCCCUCCCUGCCGGGUGCCCAGCUGGCUGGCUUCACCGCCACUGCUGCCUCACCCUUCUCCGGAGGUUCCCUUGUCAGCUCUGGUCUGGGUGGUCUGGCUUCCCGUACCUUUGGGCCUUCGGGGAGCCUGCCCAGCCUGAGCCUGGAGUCCCCCCUGCUGGGGGCAGGCAUCUACACCAGUAAUAAGGACCCCAUCUCUCACGGUGGUGGAAUGCUGCGGGCUGUCUGCAGCACCCCCCUCUCCUCCAGCCUCCUGGGGCCCCCAGGGACCUCGGCCCUGCCCCGCCUCAGCCGCUCCCCAUUCACCAGCACCCUCCCUUCCUCCUCUGCUUCUAUCUCCACCACUCAGGUGUUUUCUCUGGCUGGCUCUACCUUUAGCCUCCCUUCUACCCACAUCUUUGGAACCCCCAUGGGUGCCGUUAACCCCCUCCUCACCCAAGCCGAGAGCAGCCACACAGAGCCAGACCUGGAGGACUGCAGCUUCCGAUGUCGGGGGACCUCACCCCAGGAGAGUCUGUCUUCCAUGUCCCCCAUCAGCAGCCUCCCGGCACUCUUCGACCAGACGGCGUCCGCACCCUGCGGGGGCGGCCAGUUAGAUCCAGCGGCCCCGGGGACAACUAACAUGGAGCAGCUGCUGGAGAAGCAGGGAGACGGCGAGGCCGGCGUCAACAUCGUGGAGAUGCUGAAGGCGCUGCACGCGCUGCAGAAGGAAAACCAGCGGCUUCAGGAGCAGAUCCUGAGCCUUACGGCCAAGAAGGAGCGACUGCAGAUUCUCAACGUGCAACUCUCUGUGCCCUUCGCCGCCCUGCCUGCUGCUCUGCCUGCCACCAACGGCCCUGUCCCUGGGCCCUAUGGCCUGCCUCCCCAAGCCGGCAGCAGCGAUUCCUUGAGCACCAGCAAAAGCCCUCCGGGGAAGAACAGUCUGGGCCUGGACAACUCGCUGUCCACGUCUUCCGAGGACCCACACUCAGGCUGCCCGAGCCGCAGCAGCUCGUCGCUGUCCUUCCACAGCACGCCCCCACCGCUGCCCCUGCUCCAGCAGAGCCCUGCUACUCUGCCCCUGGCCCUGCCUGGGGGCCCUGCCCCGCUCCCGCCUCAGCCACAGAAUGGGCUGGGCCGGGCACCCGGGGCAGCGGGGCUGGGGGCUAUGCCCAUGGCUGAGGGGCUGUUGGGGGGGCUGGCGGGCAGUGGGGCCCUGCCCCUCAAUGGGCUUCUGGGGGGGUUGAAUGGGGCUGCCGCCCCCAACCCUGCAGGCUUGAGCCAGGCUGGCGGGGCCCCCACGCUGCAGCUGCCAGGUUGUCUCAACAGCCUCACCGAGCAGCAGCGACACCUCCUGCAGCAGCAGGAACAGCAGCUGCAGCAGCUCCAGCAGCUCCUGGCCUCACCACAGCUGACCCCGGAACACCAGACUGUUGUCUACCAGAUGAUCCAGCAGAUCCAGCAGAAGCGGGAGCUGCAGCGGCUGCAGAUGGCCGGGGGCUCCCAGCUGCCCAUGGCCAGCCUGCUGGCCGGAAGCUCCACCCCGCUGUUGUCCGCGGGCACCCCUGGCCUGCUGCCCACAGCAUCUGCCCCACCUCUGCUGCCCGCCGGAGCCCUGGUGGCGCCCUCGCUCAGCAACAACACAAGUCUCAUGGCCGCAGCAGCUGCAGCCGCAGCAGUAGCAGCAGCAGGCGGGCCUCCAGUUCUCACUGCCCAGACUAACCCUUUCCUCAGCCUGUCAGGGGCGGACGGCAGUGCCAGUGGCCCUAAAGGAGGGACUGCUGACAAAGGAGCCUCAGCCAACCAGGAAAAAGGCUAAAUCCACCCACGCUCCUUUAGACCCCACAAGCUGAGGGGCAGAUCCUGGUCUGAGGGUCCCAGCCUGCAGCGGGCAUCUGCACCCCAACACUGGAGAGCCCUGGAGCACGUGCUGAGGCCUGGGGAAUUGGGGUUGUUCCCGGUGCCGCGGACUGAGACCCAGAGGGGAGCCCUUUCCAUCUGCCCCCUGUCCCCGCCUCUGCACUGGCCCCUUCAUGAGGGGCUCGGAAGGAGGACAGGCUCCAAGCCCGCCUAGGAGCCUCCACUCUCAGUGAAUGUUUCAGGGUUCCCUAGAGAGCAAAGUGGGCCAUGGCAUAAGUGGGGGGUUGGUUAAACCCCCACAUAAAAUGGAUCAGCACUUGAGUGGGAGAAGUGGGGACUAGGCCCUGGGCCUGCCCCUGUGUGGAAGUCUUCUAUGGAAGAAGGGGUGACCCUGCUUGACCAUUUUCUACCCAACUUGGGCAGAUGGUAAGAGGGCUCCCUUGGACUGUUUCUUGCUGGGCUCCUUCCCCUGCCCCCGACAAGGGUCACAAGCUGUGCUUGUAAAAGCCCACAAACUAGGGGGCCGACGAAGGGGCAGGAUGGCAUCAAAUUUGGCCCAGGCCUCCCUACCUCCCGGGGGGUGGGACCCAGUGAUGGGCUGGGGGAGGGCAGGGGUGGGUGGCCCAGCCCCCUUGGUACCCUGCCCCUUGUUUGCACUAUUGGAUUUAGGAGUGCCGAGGGUGGGGAGAUAGAGCUGCCUGACUCAGAGAGUGUGUGGGGGUAUGCCUGUGCACUGUAUGUGUGUGUGUUUGUCUGUGUGUCUCUGUCUGUCUCCCCCUGGUCCCCAGGCAGCCGAGGGCAGGGACAGGAGCAGUGCUCUGAUGAGGCAGUACCAGAGGGGCGCUCCUAGCUCUUGUCUGCACCCUCUCACCUCACCAACUUUGGUCCCUUUCUGGGGCCCAAAUGGUUAACAAAAACCAGAACCGUACUCCAGUAUUGGAGAGUAACUGGGGGCUGGGGGCUUCAAAUCAGGGUGAUAUCCUGCCUUUCCUCCCCCAGACUCCACAUGGUCUCAGUGCCCCCGUAGCGCUCCCCUUCCACCACUGAUAGCUGGUCCUGCUUCCCUGGCACAGGGGGUGCCCCAGGGAUCAGAGGACAAGGCGAGGGGGGUAAAGUACCACUUCUUCUAGUGAAAACUGUCUCCCAGAAUCAGCCAGCCUGGCCCCCCUGCAUCCUACCCCUCCUCACCCCCACCAGCCAGGGGAGACUUAAGCUUAAAUUGACCUAACAACUGUCCCUUCACCCACCAGCUAUUUCCCCAGGGUGCAGUGGGCAAGUCUCACCUUAGAGUCCCCACCUGCCCAGAGCCUUUGGUGGCCAAGGCUAAGGGCUGCUGGGGCAGCCAGGAGAGGGGCGAGGCUGAAGCGUGUGUGUGUCGGUGCACUGGGGUGGGAGCCGGGCAGAGCGUGGCCAGCUUCCUGAUGCCCACGUUUAGUCAGUCUCUUUGCAUGUGUGGAUUCGUUUGCGUGUGUGUGUUUCUGUUUGGGUUUCUGUUGUUGUUGGGUUUGUUUCUUUUUUUUUUUUAAUAAAGAAAAGAUGUGUAUAUUUUUGGCAAUGACAGAAACGUAGUGCAGAUAUAUUUUUGCCUGUGCUGCUCAACUGGUUUUUUUCUGAUACUGAAAAUAAUAUUAAUAUUCCUGUUGAUAAGACUUUGUAAGAUGUUAGGGAGCUGA